AGCCCACAGUGAGGCUUGGGAUGGUGGCAGACAGCAGUUCCGGUUUUGGGGAAGCGGGGGAGGGUGCCAGACCACGACCCGCGGGCUCAGCCUCAAGAGGGACAGCCUGGACAGGGGAGUUAGCAGAUCAACGACGAGGCUCGAAUCCCUCCCCAAACACUCCUUUGCCCCAUGCUUUUACCCAUGCUGCACCGACGCGGCGACACCAACAGGCUUCAAUUGAGGAUUUUUUUUUCGCCAUUGUCUGUUUUGUUUUGUCUGUCGUUGUCCGCCGUGUCCAUCAUCGCCAUCACGGUAACACCGCAAUCCACGCUAACUAAGAAAGCUGAAGACGGUUGGCGUGCUCGUGCCUCUUCCGUUCGGUGCCAGAGCAGGAAUUGCGCGUAGGGUCCUGGGGUCGGCCCAACUUACACGUAUCAGCGCGACCUACUGGUUCGCGUGCUUGACCGGCGCCCGAACACACCGAGACGACCUACCGCCGGUCCCUACGCACACCAUGGUCGGGUUCAGGAGGUCAAGGGCUCUCCCGAGCGCAGCAAUCGCCUUUAUCCUAAUCUCAGCAUCGCGGGCCGCCGACACUCUCGACUUCAGCUUCUACCCCAAGGGCGCGAUAAGCUGUCUGGACGAUGCGGCGGAGAAAUCGCUGUGCCAAAGCAGCUCGGUGGAGUUGACGAAUUCCUGUUUAUGCCGAAACGGCGGGGACUUUAUCACGAACACGGCGGCUUGCGUGGGGCGAUCGUCCCGGGACGACCUGGCAACCGUCUACGAGACGAUGAGAGACGCGUGCGCGAAUUCGAAUACCCCAAUCAACGUCAGCGAGGACGAGUUUAUGGCCGCAGCGUCUGCGGUUGCGACGACCUCAACAACCUCAUCACCUAGUAGCACCGGUACGGCGCCUGCUGCGCAGACGCAGACGACACCGGGGGGGACUGAGCAGGGCAGCUCGGGGCUGUCGACAGGAGCUCUGGCGGGGAUAAUAGUAGGCGCGGUGAUUGUGAGCCUGGCGUUACUCGGAGCCCUAGCCUUCUUCCUUAUCCGCCGCAGGAGGAGACAGGGCGAGGAGUCGCACCCAAUGUUGCCCCAACAACAGAUGGGGCACACCUCUUUGGCGCCCAUGGGUGGGUAUUACGCUAGCCCACCGGAUACGGCUGGUUUGGCGAAGGGGGACUGGCGGCAGUCGCACAUGUCCUCAGAUGUCCGCGAGAGCGGCUUCAAUUGGGAGUCGCCGGCUCAUCUUUCGUACUCGGCAAAGUAUCCACUUGCUCCGUCACCCCCGCCGCAGGAGUUAGACGCCGGUGAACAGCGCCUGCUAGGGACGGCCGAAGCGCCUGCUGAGAUGGAAGGGGCGGAGCAGGGGCCUGCUGAGAUGGGAGGGACGCCGGUCGUACCUCCGUCUUUGCAGCCGAGGAGUGAAUGGCAUCAGUCACCGAGGUGAAUUAUGACAGAAGCGAAGCGUUUGCUUUCGCAGCG